GUUUGUUUGUUUGUUUGUUUGUUGUGUGUGUGUGUGUUUGUCCGUAGCCUUUGGCUGAAGCCCUUCUCAAUUUUUUAUUACAGACUUGCGUAAUUCAUGUGGUAUGAGCGCGCGGGCAGCAGCGGUCGCUGACAGGAUCCAUGGCUGACUGGUCCGCGCCAUUCGUUGCUCCCUUCUCUGGUCCAGGCUCUUUGAGGCGUAGUUCGCCUCUGUGGUCAGUACUUCUUUUUCCGUUGGGCAGUGCACCUCGAGGUGGUUGUGCGGGCGCUGUUUCCUCUCCGCGGGGCUCCUCCCGGGGCAGCGGCACCGAGGCCUUCGGGAAACGCUACAGCAUCAUUCACAACAUCGGUGCCACAAUCGAUGAAGCACAUGCUGCAGGCACACAUUUAGCCAGUCACUCUUGGGAAUCGCCGGAUUCGGCCAGCAGCGGGUUGUCCUCUCGUAUUCUUGUUGUUGGGAGUUGGCCUGGUGCGAUCACAUGUGCACGUGCUGCGGAUUGUCCUAAGGAUCAUAUGUGCAUGGACAGCAGCUCAAGCGCAAUCAUCGAUAUGUUUUCUGAAAAGUGUGAUAUGCUGUCGGCUUGCUUGUGCCAGAAGCCAGGGUCACAGAGCGUAUCGUCUGGUCCGCGGAGGCUGCAAAUUGCUGAGUAUGUGGACGGCCCACGGGUUGGCAACGCUGCGUGGCAAGGGUCUUGUUAUUCUACGGCUAGUAGCUAUGACGCUGCAGUGAGUGCGUGCGACGCGGAUGUUCAUUGCACAGUUUUGCACGAUGUCUCGUGCGAUGGUGCAGGGUGGCGUUAUUGUUUUUCUACUAUACAGCUGUUGUGGCAAAUGACCCAUGGCCAGGACACGAUGCAUGCACACAGGUAAUGGUUUCAACGACGAUGGCGUCGAGUACAUAUACAUCAACGACCACUACCAGCACAGGCACCACAACAGUCCACAGCAAUACUCACAUAAUUGUGUCGGACACGAGCAUCACGAAUCUGCACACCAGCAGCACCACCAGUACGUCUGCACACACCAGUACGAGGACCAGCACCAUCAGUACCAUCAGCACCACGAGCUUGCAAAGCACCACGCAGACUAGCUCGGCGACCCGGACAGAAAGCACGUCCCUGGGCAGCGGGACUGGAACCACCAGAACGACAGCGAGCACGGCGGGGAGUAGCAGCGCGAGCGUGACAUCCAGAAGUGAGUCGAAUUUUGCGUCAAGCAGGAAUUCGUUCAGUGCGAGUGAUAGCAGUAGUGGUAAUAGCAGCGUGAGUCUCACUACGCAGAGUGAGACUAGCAAAACGGCCCUCGCCAGCACGAGUGAAACUAGCACCACGACUCUGACCAGCACGAGUGAGAUUAGCACCUCGCAGACCAGCCGGAUAGGCGGGACAGCCACGACCGCCUCGAUGACCAGCAGCUCUACCACAAGUCUUUACGCAAACACAGCGACCUCGAGCAUAACUAUUCCGCAGAUGUCAUGGACAGCUCAGGAGACUACGACGAGCAACACAGGGACAACAGUGUCACUGACAAAGUUGGCCACUAUUGUGACAUCCGCAAGAGAGUCGGGCAGUUUGUCGAGCACCGCUUCUGUGUACAGUGCGGCUGGUACUGGUAGCACGAUGAUGAGCAGCACGGCGGGGAUCAGCACGACUCAGACCAGCGCGAGCAGUAUUAGCACCACCCAGACCAGGCCGAUGUCCAGCAGUUCCAGAGCCACAUCAUCUUUGUCGAUUUCGCCAGCGACAGGCAGCUCAGCCUUGACGACGCUCGCCAGCUCGAUGGCCGGCAUCUCGACAGCAGCCGCUGGAUCGGUAACCAGCGGCUCGACCGUGAGGAGCUCGACAGGAACCGACAGCACGACAUGGAGUAGCACAGCGGAGAACAGUAGUGAUACGACGGUGCAUCGCACCAAGCAUACCAGUUUGACGAUCCAGACCUCAACAAGAACUUCCACGGUCACGACCAGCCCGAUGACCAGCAGCUCCAAAGCCACAUCGUAUUCGUCGAGUUGGCCAGCGACAAGCAGUUCAUUUGGGACGACGCUCUCCAGCUCGAUGGCCAGCACCUCGACGGCAACCACCACAUCGAUCACGGCAAUGUCGACAACUACAGCAACAGUGAUAACCAGCAGUGCAACGGUGUCCAUGGCCACUACGUUGACAAAGAUCAGGACGAGCCUGCAGAGCGCCUCGGCAUCGAGCCCCGCCCCGCCGAGCGGGGCGGCGGCGGCGAGCAGCGCCAGGGCGAGCGGCACUGCGGCGGGGUCCGGCGCCGGCGCCCGGAGCCGCGCGGGGGCAGGUGGCGCCUCGGUGACGACUCACACAGCUGCGGCCUCUGAGACAACGACAUCGGAAACAAAGGGCACAUACACCACGCUCACAGACCAUGAGUGCAGGAUGACACUGCGUGUUUCGUCGGUCGACUACUCAGAGCUACAGGCCAACGAGAGCAUUGCCGAUGCUUUUGAAAACGCUGUUGCUGAUGCUUUUUUGGACACGUUCUCAGAUGUUUCCAGAUCGCAGGUGGCAGUCGAGUUAUCUGCAGGGUCUGUCGUUGUGGACAUUAUUGUGGCUUAUCUUACCGCCGACGAUGCGGAAUUGCUCCAAGAUCAAUAUGUCCAGCAGGGUUUGAAUUUGACGCACCUGGCGAACACGCAGGCUCGCCUCCAGAACCUCGUCGGCAUCGAGGCUGUGCUUGCCAGCGGCUCGACCACGGAUUCGAUCGUCGUGGCU